CCCCGGACCCUGCAUUCACUAUAUCUGAUCUCCCCGGACCCUGCAUUCACUAUAUCUGGUCUCCCACAGACCCUGCAUUCACUAUAUCUGGUCUCCCACAGACCCUGCAUUCACUAUAUCUGGUCUCCCACAGUACACACAACAUGGAAAUGCAAUUGUUUUAGUAAAUAUAAACUGCUAAAUACCUUUUCUCAUAAGCAGUUAGAGAAGUCUUGUGACUUCUAUCAGUGUCCAGCAGAGCACUGGUUAAAGCUUGUAGGAGGAGUCUUCAUUCUGCUGUAG